CAAAUGAGCUUGCAAUCUUUCCAAAUCUUACACUGACUGAGUCAAGUUAAAGUUUACUUUGGGAUUUUAAAUUCGAUAUUUCUUUCGAAUCAAAGAACUAAUAUUGUGGUGAUUGUAAUUUAAAAAGAAAAAUAAGGUAAAGAUUAUAAACUAUCAUUUUAGUAUCCAUAGUUGCAAUAAAUAUUAGGUCGUAUCUCGAUAUUAUUAUUCAAAUUGUUAUUGUUAUAGAAAUGGCUAUGAACGGUGAUAUUGGAGGCUUGGACGCCAGUGGCAAAAUAAUUAAAAUGGAAGUGGACUACAGCGCCACUUGCGAUGAGAAAUUACCGCUAUGGAAAUCAUGGGCUGCAAAGGGCAAGGUACAAGAAGCUAUAGAUCAAUUACUGGCCCUUGAAAAGCAAACUAGAACAGGUGCUGAUAUGGCGUCGACUGCCAGAAUUUUAGUAACAGUUGUGCAAAUCUGUUUUGAAGCUAAAAAUUGGUCAGCUCUCAAUGAUCAUAUUGUUCUGCUCUCAAAAAGAAGAUCUCAACUUAAACAGGCAGUUGUAAAAAUGGUCCAAGAGUGUUGCACUUAUGUGGAUAAAACACCAGAUAAAGAAACAAAAAUAAAGUUAAUCGAAACAUUGAGGACCAUUACAGAAGGCAAAAUCUAUGUAGAAGUUGAACGGGCCAGACUAACUCAUAUCUUGGCUAAAAUCCGUGAAGAAGAAGGCAAUGUAACAGAAGCUGCCAAAAUAAUCCAAGAGCUCCAAGUGGAAACUUACGGAUCUAUGGAUAAACGUGAAAAAGUGGAAUUGAUUUUGGAACAAAUGAGACUAUGUUUGGCAAUUAAAGACUACAUCAGAACUCAAAUCAUAUCCAAAAAAAUCAAUACAAAGUUCUUUGAAGAAGAUAAUACUCAGGAGUUAAAAGAAAAGUUUUAUCGUUUAAUGAUUGCUGUGGAUCAGCAUAACAGUCAGUAUUUAGCUGUGUGCAGACACUUCCGUGCACUUGGUCAGGCUGGUGGCGCUGAUGCUCUCAUUGGAAGUGUAGUGUUUCUGAUUCUCGCACCCUAUGAUAAUGAGCAAGCUGAUCUAACGCAUAGAGUCAAUGAAGAUAAAGAUCUGGAUAAACUUCCUGAAUAUAAACAGCUUUUGGGUAUGUUCAUAAAUCCAGAAAUUAUCAGAUGGAACACUUUAUGUUCAAAUUAUGAGAAGAUGUUAAAAGCAACACCUUAUUUUAAAUCUUGUGACGAGAAAGGACAAGAACGCUGGAACGAUCUUAAGAACAGAGUUGUGGAACAUAACAUUCGCAUCAUGUCAAUGUAUUAUACCCGUAUCACUCUGAAGCGUAUGAGCGAGCUCCUUGGCCUCAGUGAGACAGAGACUGAAGAAGCUUUGAGUCAACUAGUUGUAAGCGCUGUGGUUCGUGCAAAGAUUGACCGACCGGCAGGAGUUGUACAUUUCAGUUUGAACAUGGACGCGUCGGACCGUCUCAACGAGUGGUCUAAUAACCUGAAUACAUUGAUGCAACUCGUCAACAAAACAACACAUCUGAUCAACAAAGAAGAGUGCGUCCACAAACACCUUUUAGCAACAGCAGAAUAAUAUUUUUCAACUUCCUAUAAUUCUUCAAACAGUCUGAUAAGAUAGCACUUUUAUUUUAUUUUGUAUACAACAUGAAUGUAUUAUUUAUCUUUGGCUGAAUAUAUACCCUGUUUUUUCUAUUAAGUAUCUAAGAUUCAAAAUUAUCUGUUAAUUAAUAUUGGUUUCUCUUUACUGGGAACUAAGAGUUAUUUAUAUAGUAUAUCAAUAACUGGUAUUAAACGUUUAUUAAACCGAUUAGUAAAUAAAACAAUAAUUCACUA